AUGAUACCCGCCCCCCGGGCGAGGAUUCACGGAGAACGGUUCCAUUCCCAGUGGACCCGGGAUGCAUACCAAUCCACGGUACGUGAGCAUCCCUGCGUUGCUUGCCAUCUGAGCGUUGAUUUUAAAGCCCAAUCCCACUCGGCCUGCCCCAGCUUUAGCGAACAAGCACGUGUCUUCUGCGUCAAGCUUGGUCGAGAAACUCUCGGCCCUGAGGAGUGUUAUGACGUCGUUAGUGGUUUCUGUCUUGACCAAUUCGCCGACUUGCUCGACCAGUUUAACGCAACGCAGGAUAUGUCUGACCGCCCUGUCCUCGAGCCAUACGAUUUGCAUAAACUUAAGAUAGAAAGACCAGACCGUGAUGGCAGCGGCCACUGCCUCGAAUGCAGCUCGUCCCCGGUCAGAGCCUUCCCCCGCUGGGACCGCAACGAAACGAGCAUACCCAGACAGGACCACUAUUGCCAGCGCAGUGGAUGUCACCAGUGCCAGAACAGAGCCGAAGCUAAACACUGUGACAUAUCCCUGUGCGGCUUUGCGUUCAAGCUUAGACAGCUCACGACCAUUAAACGUGGCUCCAUUCCACGACUUCGACAUGACACCCGCACGACACUGACAGAUCUUGAACCCAGACUCGUCGUGUUUCACUAA